UUUUCGAAUUUAAUCAAACAUACUCAAUACUCAAAACACAUAGGACACAAAGUGCUUUUACAAAAACAAAUCAAAAAAACAAACAAAAAACAAAAGAUUUAGAAGACACAGGAGGAGCAAUAGGAGCACACCCAAUCCCUCGAAGGAUUAGUUCAAAUUCCUUGGAGCAGCUUAAUCCCUUGGUGCUGUUCAAUCCCAUGAAGCUAUAGCCCCUGAAAGGAGCUUAAUCCCUUGAAGAAAUCCCACCUGCCGUCAUGCACCAGAACCAAUUCAUCUACUCCCGCGAGAGGCGUCGCUUUGGCCGGCAGUGUCGGUUCCAGGAUCGCAAUGAACUGAUUGUCAGCGUGCAUCCCAGUGGCCGCCAGCGGCUGAAGUAUAUCCUGCGCAAUCCGGCGGUGCAGGCCACCCAGCUAAGUUGCCAGAUGGCGCUGACCACCAUGGAGACGGAGAACGUGACGUUGGACCACCGCGGCAUGGACCACUACGAGGGCGGCUGGCCCAAGGAGGUCAACUCGCUGGACGAGGAGCAGACGCUGCGCCACCGCAAGAAGGUGGAGCGCGAGGACAGCUGGGGUGAGCAGGUGCUGGCGAUGAUUCGCACCACCAUGGCCGUGGCGGAGCAGAACAACACGCUGAACAUCUACCAGAACUUCUUUGCGGAUCUGCCGCUGGAGCUGGGCCACGACAUCCGGAUGAGUUUCCGGGCCAGGGUAUGCAAUGUCUUCCAUGACCUGUGGCUGCCGGCCCGUCGCCUCAGAUCCAUCGAAUGGAUGCCCAACAACGAUCGCCAGUUCAUGACCCAAUUCACCAAUCAAUUUCGCCGGGGAGAGCGAUUGCGUUUCCUCGCUGAUGAGCCAUUUGGCGAGACAAAUGCCUCGUUUGUGUGGGAUGUGAAGAAUCCACUGAAGCCGAAGAUCACCUACGACUGCCACGACCCGGUGUCGCUGGCCAAGAUCUGUCCCAAGGACGAGAACAACAUGGUGGGCGGCACGGGGCUGGGCCAGGUCUGUCUGUGGAGCACCCUGGAGGGCGGCCUGCCGGUGCGCAAUUGCCCCCUGGAGGUGUCCCACAGGGAGACCACCUCGGCCCUCUGCUGGGUCCACUCCAAGUCCAACACGGAGUUCUAUUCGGGUUCGCUGGACGGCUCCAUCAAGUACUGGGACACCAGGGACCUGAAGAUGCCCAUGCAGGAGCUGCUGCUCGAACCGGAGCCGCAGGAGCGACAGUCCCGAAUGGAUUCGCAUGGAGUGACGGUGCUGGAAUUCGAGUACACCAUCCCGGUGCGUUUCAUCAUUGGCAGCGACAUGGGUCAUGUGUUUGUGGGCAAUCGCAAGGGCAUGACGCCGACGGAAACCCUGCUGGCCAACUAUCCAUUGUUCGCCGGACCCGUGCGCGGUAUCAACCGGAAUCCGUUCUUUGUCAAGAACUUCCUGAUCACCGGAGAUUGGCGGGCCAGGAUCUGGUCGGAGGAGGCCAAGGACGGGCCAUCGACCAUGUAUUUCCGCAAGCAGACACAGAUCGUUUGCGGUGCCUGGAGCACGGGUCGCUGCUCCCUGUUCGUCACUGGAGAUCUCAAUGGAGUGGUCGACUUCUGGGAUCUGCUGCUCCACCAGCGAGAGCCCAUUCAUUCCAUUGACUUCAAGGUCACCAUUGCGGACGUCGUCUUCCGGCCGGAGGGCGAUCUCCUGGCCGUUGCCCUGCAAAACGGCGACACUCACAUCCUGACCCUCGACGAGUCCAUGCGACAGGCCACCGGCAAGGAGAAGGCACUCAUAGCAGCCAUGUUCGAACGUGAGAUUGUGCGGAGUAAACUUCUGGAGGCUCGUUACGAUGAAGUCAAGCUGAAGCGGAAAACGCUUUUGCAGGCGGAGGAGGAUCGGUUGCGGAUGGAGCAGGAAAUGAGCGCCAUCGUCGAGCUGGAUCCCGACAAUCCCGAUGAGUUCGUGAUGAUGAUCGAGGGCGACGAAGAAUUCCGGACGGCCAUCAGUGAGUUCCAGGACAUAAUACUCAGUGUGGAGAAAAAGCGCUCCAAGAGGCAGGUGAUCAAUGAGCCCACGGUCUUCGAGGAGUGGAGUCCGCACGACGAGCUACUCCAGGGGGAUCUCAUCACAUACACAUAUCCCGGUAAUAAGCCACCGUCUCCAAUGAACAACGACAUUAGGUUUUCUCUUGAUCAAAGAUAUUCGGAGGGCUCAGCCAAACAAUAGUAAAUAAAAUUGAGUGCACUGAUAAGCAAAAAGGGAAA